AUGAGUCUGGUAGGGGGCUUUCCCCACCACCCGGUGGUGCACCAUGAGGGCUAUCCGUUCGCCGCCGCCGCCGCCGCCGCCGCCGCCGCUGCCGCCAGCCGUUGCAGCCACGAGGAGAACCCCUACUUCCACGGCUGGCUCAUCGGCCACCCCGAGAUGUCGCCCCCCGACUACAGCAUGGCCCUGUCCUACAGCCCCGAGUAUGCCAGCGGCGCCGCCAGCCUGGACCACUCCCAUUACGGGGGUGUGCCGCCGGGCGCAGGGCCCCCAGGCCUGGGGGGGCCGCGCCCGGUGAAGCGCCGGGGCACCGCCAACCGCAAGGAGCGGCGCAGGACUCAGAGCAUCAACAGUGCCUUCGCCGAACUGCGCGAGUGCAUCCCCAACGUGCCCGCCGACACCAAACUCUCCAAGAUCAAGACGCUGCGCCUGGCCACCAGCUACAUCGCCUACCUCAUGGACCUGCUGGCCAAGGACGACCAGAACGGCGAGGCGGAGGCCUUCAAGGCGGAGAUCAAGAAGACAGACGUGAAAGAGGAGAAGAGGAAGAAGGAGCUGAACGAAAUCUUGAAAAGCACAGUGAGCAGCAACGACAAGAAAACCAAAGGCCGGACGGGCUGGCCGCAGCACGUCUGGGCCCUGGAGCUCAAGCAGUGA